AUGUCCCGCGUCAUCCGCCGCGUCACCGCGCUCGCGGGCGUCGCCCUGAGCAACGCUCCGCGCCACGGAGGCGCGCGCGCGUUGACGAGCGCGCUCGUGAGCGCGCGAAGGUUGAACGACCGCGACCGUUCGACCGUGUUCGAUGAUAAAUCGUCCUUCUCGGCGUCUUUCACGACGCUUUCGAGCCCGUUUGCGGUGUCGUGGACACCCAGGGAUGCGGAGGAGUCGUCCAAGCGUGAUGGUGGUGCUCGAGCGACGAUAUACGGGGUGCGAGGGAUGCGGAUGAGCGCGCACGCAGAGGCCGCGGCGGGCCACGAAAGAAGCGGGUCGACGAGUGACGGCGCACACGCGAGCGACACGUCUACAUCGGCGUCGGAGUACGAUGAGACGGUGCCAAGAGGAGCGAAGGCGGAGGCGCUGGACUCGGCGAACGACGGAAGAGCGUUGAAGGCUGUGCACACAGCGAUUGGGUGUAACGCCGCUAUUUUGGUGUGCAAAAUGGGCGCGUACGGCGUGAGCGGAUCGCCGUCGAUGCUCGCGGAGAGCAUUCACAGCGUGGCUGAUAUCGUGAACCAGGUUUUACUGCAGGUUGGGAUCACGAAUAGCAAUAAAAAACCGGACGCGAAGUUUAAUUACGGGUAUCGACGGGAGCGAUUUGUGUACUCGUUGAUUUCUGCGGUUGGGAUUUUCUUCCUGGGGGCGGGGUUCAGCGUCAUGCACGGCGUCCACGGCCUGAUGGAUCCGAUGCCGACGGAAAAUCUAUGGGUCGCGAUAUCAGUUCUAAGCGCCUCUGCGGCGUUAGAAGGAUACUCGUUGAAGGUGGCAUACGAAGCGCUGCGAGACAAUGCCAGGGCGCAAGACAUGACGCUCACCGAGUUCAUCAAAUCUGGUAAAGAUCCCACUAGUUUGGCCGUGUUCGCGGAGGAUACCGCCGCUGUGCUCGGUUGCGGCAUCGCCACUACCGCGCUUUUAGCAUGUUACGCGACCGGAAAUCCGAUGUACGACUCCAUGGGUUCCAUCGCGGUCGGUGGAUUGCUCGGAGCAACAGCGCUGUAUCUCAUCAACAGUAAUCGGUUGCUCUUGCUCGGGCGGUCUCUCGGCGAGGAUAAGAUGGAUGUCAUUACGGCGCACAUGCGACGUGAUCCGGUCGUCGAAGAGGUAUACUUUGCGAAGAGCGAGGAGUUGGGCGCAGGUGCGUACCGGUUUGCUGUCGAGGUGGAGUUUAGCGGCAAGAAAAUUGUCGAGCGCUAUCUGGCCAAACAUCAACGCAGAAUGGCUUUGCACUCGAAAUUUAGUGCUGCAAACGACCCGAAGGCUCUGGACGCUGCGCUCGUGCAGUACGGAGAGGACAUCGUGCAAGCUGUUGGAGACGAAGUCGAUCGCCUCGAGAAGGAAAUUGUUGAGAUCGAACCUUCGAUUCACUACGUCGACAUCGAGACCAACUAG